AUGGAUAAGAAGAUAGUGCGCAAAGGGCCGCUGCCUGGGGGUCGCCGGGGCGCGUCUGGAGCUGGCGCUGGACGCGGCAGCAUGCGGGUCGCCAGCCGAGCGCGAGGAGCUGUACGGUCACCUAGCAGCCCUCCGCAUCCAUCAUCCCCACCAGAAGGCUUGGUGUCGGCUGGGUCUUCUCGGACUCAGCAAGCGGCACCCGCCGCUGGUGGAGCAUGUCUCAUGCGUUGGUCACAAGCAAUGAAUGCAAACACAUUGCGGGCGUACUUUAGGGCAAAAGGGGAAGAAUCUGGAUGUUUGGCGUAUCGGGCUAGGAUGCAUCGUCUUUUUGCUGAGCUGGAGCCAUCUUUAACCGUCACAGAGCAAAACCUGGCAGACCGAGUUCGGUAUAUCUUGCGCUCAAAUAUAUUUGAUGUUGCCGAACUCGAACGGCUACGACGUGAGGCUGUUCCCUCGUCGGAUGAGAAUGCUACAGCUGAGGAUGCGGCGCCACAAAUGGUAGAGCAACUCGCAAACGUGGAUGCCGCCGUGAAUACCCCAGUUGUGGUUGAUUCAAACGAUGAUGGAACAGUCGCCCAGGAAAUAAAAUUAGAGCAUAUGAGGAGUACAUUGGAAGAGGCGAUUGUGGAAACGCGCAGUACGCCUCUCGAAAAUCGACCGCGACUUCCCCCGCAUAGCCCUAAGCAAGCGGAAUCGGGCUGUCGUGAGGGUUCUGAACCCAAUGCUGGUGACCUAUUUGGAAGCCAGCCGGGACCUUUGCGAGACGGACUCAAUUAUUUUUGGCGCCGCGAUGGCAACCUGCCGUAUCACAGGCGCCAAGCUUUCCACGGCUGGACGCGCUACUGGCCAUAG